CCUUUCAGUCUGUUGUUGCUGUCUCUGACCCCCUUUACACUGCCUCUUCAUCUUGUCCAUUCCCUUCACCAGCUCUCUUACGUAUUCCUCUUCUCCCACUCAACUUGUGUUUUCCUCUUUCUCCUUUGGAAGCUAUGUUAAAGCCCUUUUACUCCCCUUUAAAAUUAUGCACUGGGUUAAAGUUUAGUGGGAUAGACUGGUGGGUCCAUCCCUUUGAAAUAAUCUUGAUGUAGCUGAGUUCAAAUGUUGGCUUGGACAACUGUCUCCCCCCCAGUGACCCCUCCAUUAAAUCUUGGACUUGGAAGGGAACAGACCCUGUUCAUAACAGCCUUUUUCUCUGUACUUUUACAACCCUGGGCUCCAUGGAGGAGCUGGAGUGGUUACCAUAGCGAUGGGCCCUCUCAGGCUGCCCCUAAGAUAACCUGCUGAAAACAGAAAUGAAUGAUAGAUUGAGAGAUGAGAUUGUUUGGAAGCAGAAUGCAUGUUUGGGGAGAAGGAGUGGAGUGAUGGACAGAGACCAGGCGGUGUAUCUUUCCCUUCAGUCUCUCAGCAGCUCUGUGUUCUCCUGCAGUGACGGCGGCUCUGCUGGCAUCUGCUGCAACCCGCAAGUACCAACCUCUGCUACUCGCCUGGCUUUUACUUUGGCUGCAUAUCUGCCCCUGCUCAAACUUUGUACAAGGCUGGGGGAGUUAUUUCAGGAUGUGCAAAGAUGAGGGAACAUAUUUGUUGGAGCAAAAAUGUCUAAACACAAUAUGUGUCUCAAGGAUCAUAAAUCAACAAUUGCUAAUCUUGAGGAAACAAACCUCCACACAGCCAGGAUUGAUAUUUCUUGCGCCAAAGGACAGAUUACACCAGAGCAGUGGUGUCACAGUUUGCAGCAUACACACAUUUUGUUUUUUAUUUCUCACUUGCUGAAUAUUCCAAAAGGUCACGAGCAAGGCAUGCAAACUUUGCCUAUAGAAACUUAUCUGUCCUUUGAUUGUGUUUCCUGUUGCAUGUAAGCACAGAGUAUUUAGCUCCAUAGACAUUCAUUUAUUAUCUGAAUGUACUGUAUGUGUGACUCUAUUCUUAAAUUAGACGGCAGCAAGUCUUGGACCAGAGUCAGGGGAAGCUUAGCACCAUGGCUGUUGUUACAUGCAUCAUAAAAUGGCUAGGGCUGGAUGUCAGUUUUUGGGAAGUUUAUCCUCCAAGAAUUGUAGCUAUAGUCAAUAAUUUAGCUGCCAAUAAAACUCAUUGCUCAAUAAAGGAUGACAAGCUGCUAAAAGAUCUUCCUUGAUCAUCCUUUUUUGUGUGUUUUGUUUUGCAUAUUACUUGAUAUAUUACAUGAAUACCCCUUUUUUACAUCAGUAAAUAUCAGCAGUACAAAUAAUAUAAUAGAUACUAAAGGAGGGUGACCCAGGAAGUCCUCUAAGAAUAGAAGGAAGAAUGAACCCACUAAUCUGAAAACUAUAGGCAUCUUUUCAGUAUUUGAAUAUAUAUGGAAAUUUCCAUCCUAAAUCAGGAUUUAUUAUUCCAAGAAUACUUUACAGUUUAGUUUAUAUUUUACCAGAAUAUGUAUUUCUACCAUAUCUAGAAAUCAGGCCACCAAGACCUAGAUGUAGUCCUUUUUAUGGCGCUCCCCUCACAACUGAGACUGAUUUUGUGAAUUUGACUGAAAGGUGUCAGCAAAACUGUUUUUAAUUGGGAUUUAAGUAUCAGUUAUCAAUUUACAGAUGCCCAUAAAUAAAAGGUUCAGAAACCUAAGCAUGUCUAGUUUGUUGGCUAUUGUUACCAGUGGUAGAAGACCACAUACAUAGAUGUAAAUACUCUAUACUGUAGUGGAGUAAUAGUAUUAUAACUUUUAACACAUUAGAAAAUGACAAUAGGCUACACGGGCAAAAUAAAAUAACCUCAAGUUACUUUUCACAACUUGUUACUUAACACUAAACCUAAUUUAAUUGAGUGAAUGCAUCAACUACUUCUCUUACAUUGGUUAAAGGUAUUUAAAGUUACAGCCAUCUAAUAAUGCGAACCACACAGGCUUGCAAAGCUGGGGACAUUUUUAUUUAUGACGAAUGGGCAAAUGUGCAGGAGUUCCACUGAAGACUUUACAUUUAAGUGCUGUGUUACGAUUUCUCUGAAUUGUCCAAUCGCCACAUUAUUUUCCCUAAUUGGAACUCUUAAUUUGUCCAAUCUAUAUCCGCUGCAAUGACUAAUACAUAUUUGUAUACAUGCAGCAUGGUAUUUUCUCUUUAUUGGCUGUCUUGUCAUUUUAAUCAGCUCUGACGUUACUCAACCCUGCAUCAACUAGCACGAGGCUUUGAAAGAGCUGUGCUGUUGGUGAUUAUGUCACCUGGAAACAGCGGUCUGGCAGACGAAUAGCUCCAUCCAUUUAGUUUCUUUUAAAUUAAUCUUCACAAGAUACGAAUGAUAAUUCAAUCAGAACCAGGAGGGAAUUUCUUGACUCAUAAAAAGUAGUACAAGCUGUGAGAAGUGGGUAAGCAGAGUACAGCUGAAGCUGCGUGGAUGGGAGGUACUCCUGCAGUUUAGGGACCAGAUGUGAGAGAGAGGAGGGGUACAAACUCAUCCAGACAACGGCUACAAAAUGCUUCCUGGUCACAGUUUGUUAACAACAAACUGCAUAAGUUGACAGCGCGGACCUUCGAUUGUAUGCGUCUAAUUUUAGCGUCGAAGGAGAGUGUGACCAAGCAACAGAGGGCAGCUGCAGUAAGAGAUACAACUCGUACAGAAACUCAAACUAUGCAUUUCCUGGGAACAGGUUUGGCCCAGCUUCGAGGCAGCUUCAAAUAGGAUCUGCUUGGCUUUGGACACAAAGUAGUAUGUUUCACAUGAGCAACAGCCAGGGGAGUCCGCCAGGAAUGAAAAGCAUCUCAACCCUCCCCUACAAAUAUCUGAGGGGCCUUGCAAUGAAGCUGUGACCCAAAAUGUUAUGCCCUUCAAUUGAGGAAACCAGCUAGCCCCAGUUUUGACCCUCGCCUCGACUGAUUUGCCAAAGACCUAAAGCCACACAGGUGGCAUUUCCUUUGACACAAAGGCUGAAUGACAAAUGACACCAUCAUCAAAGGCAGAGUGUGAGCGGACGGGCCCGGGGUCUACGCGGCUCCACUGCUUUCUCUGCCUGUAGUGUGCUGAGCGCCGCUCCGCUCUGCACUGUGCCUGUCGUCUCAGUGCCCGUCUCCCACAGCUGAGAGAUACAAAGAUACCGAGGCUGAGAAAGACCGCUACAGUCAUGAGGCUUUCCCUUGUACUGGCUCCACAGCAUUACUCUUGAGGUCUGCUUUGCUUUGGUGCCAGAUCAGUGGUUCACAAUGAAAGUGAAGAAAUGAGCCUGCAGCGAGCAGCCCUGUCCCUGCAGUCCCUGCCACUGGACGUUUACUGAUUCAUACUAUCCAGAAGACGAUGCCCCUGUCUCCCAGAUAACACUUCUGAGGACCAGGCCUUCACAGCACGCAUUGUGCACCAUGGCAGGAGAGACUCAGCGAAUACAUGCUGUUAAAGAGCUGGACGCUGAGUCCAAACUGCAGGAUGAGGGGACGGCGCUGGAACUGCAGAGUGACAAAACCACAAAGGAGUCUUCAGAGCACUUUUCAAGCACAGGCACUGAAGUCACAGCCAGCAGCAGAGGGGCCAAAAUUGAAAAACUAGAGAAAGAAAGGGACUUUCCUCAGCAGCGUGAGGCUGUCAUACGGCCACAGCAGGCAGGGAAGAUUGACUUCAGGUCACUGCAGAACCGAUCAAAAUUUGCCACUGACAGGACUUGGUCAAGUGUCAAAGGCAGCCCCCAGUCCCCAAGUGGAAAGGGCCGCAGCCGAGAGAAGGGGAAGCGGUCAGGAAAGACAGAGCGUGGCAACCCGCAACAGCUGUACAGACUUAGCAUUACAAAUCCACGCUCCAACCCCAACAUUGGUAUUGCCUACCCACAGCAGAAGGUUUCACCACCCAAGAAGUUGGAGACCAGUCGUGGCCCAGUCUCGGGCAGCUACAGAUUCCACGUUCCAAGUAUACCAGAGAGAGAGGCCGAACUACAGCAAGAAGAGCUCAACUAUAGCCGCUGCUUCCAGGAGGCCUCCUCUAACCUUACCUCCCCAAGCUAUACCUCACAGGCACUGGGUUCCUCAAGUGGAAUGUCAUCCCACCCACAUCCACCCAUGUCACAGCAGCAGCAGCCUUCCUCAAUGGAGAACAACAGUGCACAGCAUGCCAGCCAGCUGAUCCUGGCUGACUUUCAGCUCAGUGGCUCUAAUGCAUGGCACUCUGCUGAAAGGACUUUUAAUGGUGCUAACUAUGGGGUUUCAUCACAAAAAUCCACUGCCCUUACAGAAGCAAAUAAGUCAAGUGCCUUUGUGCCUGGUCCAUUUCAAUAUGGAUAUAAUUUUCUGGAAGAAUCAACCUCUGACUCUUUUCCCUGUGAACAGAACCCUCAAUCCCAAGACUUUACAGACUCUUCCCUAGGUUCUGUUCAUGUGACCCACAACUCUUUUUCCUUUACGCCUGGAGAAGGGCAAAGCAUUGCUCAGAACAGCACUCAGUUCAGUAAUGAACAGCAGCCGGAGGAUAGGAGCUCCUAUCCUCAACCCCCACAGUCACAAUUUAUUCAAGGGGUAACAUCCUCCAUCCAGUGUCCUAGGAAUCUGAGUGAGGACUCAACCAGCAGUGACAGCUCUGGCUCCAGCUCACAGCAGUCAGAGCAGGGGAAGACUGCCCUGCCUGAGAGCACAGACACUAUUGGACAGGCAGACAGUAGGGAUGCAGCCAUCACCUCGGGGAGUAAGAGGAACUGUCAUCCCAAAGACACAGCUGCCAACCAAAGAACACUCAUUCAAGGGAGUGUGCACCAUGCAAGAAAUAUUUCACAAGGUCCAGGCUCCCAAAUGCACUUUCCCAGCAAAACAUUUAACAACCCUCCAGUCAGUAACAUUCACACAGGCUUAAUGCCCUUUGAUAAAAACAUCAGUAAUAAGGUUCUAAAUAGGUUACCACACUCAUGGGAGGGGCCUAAUAAGCCAUUAGCUGAUCAAAACACAAUUCAGUAUACUGAUAUGAAUGACAAGUUUCAGUUUCAGAACCAGCCAGCACAUGAACAAAGACCAAAUUCAUCUAAAAAUAGCAGAAUGCCCUGGCAGCAGAUACGGCCAACCUCUGCCAUGCCGAAUCAAAACAGAAUCGAGUUAUCUAGGCAAAUAAGUAGUCAAAAAUUGGCUUACAUGGUUUCCCCCUCUGACUGGCAGGAUGAUAGUAAAUCACAAAAACAUAGCUCCUUGAAAAACCCCAGCUCAUUUCAGAACAGCAGAACUAGUGAUGGGUUUUCAAACCAAAGACAGGAGUCUGUAAAACAUAGCAGUAAUACAGUCUCAACUCUUAAAGUAGAGAUGAGCCACGCACAAGCAUGUGAAUCCAAAAAUAAGGCAAUAUAUUUUGGACUCAACCAGUCUCUUCCAGCAGCAUCAUCGAGAAACUAUAGCUAUCCUCCAUUACAGGUCCCACCUAUGGGACUUAUGAUGGUGUCGCCUUAUGAAUCUCCUUUGCCCUCACCAGUUCAUAACCCUGCACCUAGUAGCACCUGCUCUUCUCUCUCCCCAGCAUCCACCAGUCCUGUUAACAUCAGUUCAGAAGACAGUCAAAUGUCAAAGUCAGCAACCCCCCACCCAUUUUAUCACCAGCCCCAAGCCAAAACACAGUUACCUUCAGAUCACCUGAGCUCUCACCCUCACCAGUUUCAUUCUGAUGCUCCACGAAACCUUCCUUAUGCACCAGACAGAGCCAAAGACGACAUGAUGAGCUACCUGCAAAACAGCACACAUCCAAAGACUACUAUGGAUGGAAACAAAGGUUACAUGGACAGUUUUGGAGUGGAACAUCACCAGCCUCCACCACCGUACUCUGCACAUCAGCUGUUAGCAACCUCAUUAGCAGCAGCAAAUCUUGACCAGUUAGACGUGCUUCUGACAUGCAAGCAGUGUGAUCAGAAUUUCAACAACCUGGCUUCAUUUCUAGGCCAUAAGCAAUACUGUGCUCAGCAUACGUUUGCACAAAAUGACCUCAAAGACGUAUCAAAGUUGGAGGACAGCAGAAAGUUUCAUGCAGAACCAGCAAAAACAGUGUCAUCUGUGUCAAAUGUUUCAAUGUCAAGGUGCCCAUCUGACCUUCACCUAUCUCUGUUGGGCCUUAAUAAGAAUGGAGAACUCAUAUCUGACAGUGAAACAAAAGGAGACAAUAAGGAUGAUCCAAUGAAACUCAACUUAUUCUCUGGUCCUGGUAACCUCCCUGUCCCUCUCCCUGAGCUAGAAAUUGAGGAUGCCAAAUUAGACAGCCUAAUCACAGAAGCCUUGAAUGGACUGGGAUAUCAAUCAGACAAUGCAGAGAUAGACAGUAGCUUUAUCGAUGCAUUUGCUGAUGAUGACCUCACCACUGUCAAAGGAACAUCAAACAAACAAUGUCUGAAAACCAAAGAAUCCCUGGUCUUUGAGAGCAAAAGUAAACAAACUGCAGAUGACAGGUCUUUCACACAGGGAAAGUAUUUUUAUGACUCUGAUGUUGAGAGCCCUGAGACAGAUAAACAGUACACAGAAAGCAAACUUGAGAAAAUAUCUCUGAAUUUGAAACAAGAUGAGAAAAUUAACAUAAAAAAAGAAAUCUCUCAGACAAAUUCAAGAAUUGCCUCAAGGGAGAAGAUGAGGGAACAAGACAGCAAAGUGAAAGAUGCACAAAAACUGUGCAAGUAUGAGGACGAAAACACAAGUACACAAAGGAUUCUCCUAUCCAGCAAGUUUUCUGAGCGUUGUGGUGUUAAAAGCUUUCAAGAUAGCUCUGCACUUCGAGGGUCAACACCCUCACAGGCCUCCACAUCUCCAACCUCAAGAACUGCAGUGAAAGAGAGCAAGAGGAAAAGCACUGGAGGGGGCACCUGGAGCAAAGAACUUAUUCACAAAAUAGUUCAACAGAAAAAUAAACUCCAUAAGCUCCAUGUUAAAGGUACCAAAAACCUGCAGUUUUCCUUAGUGAUGGAGAGACUGACUCCCACUGUACAGAACCCUGCAUUUGGAGAAUACGACUAUGUCUCGGACUCAGAUGAUGAAUGUGAGCCUGUAAAGAUAGCAAGCCAAGGCCGGCUGAAUCAAAGCAGUCGGUGCAAAUACACAUACACUAAAGAGUGCAAAUGGCGAGCAAAGAGUGAGAGGGACCAGGCAGCAUGGAGACAUGAGUCGAAGGAGUGUUUUGAGGUAAAAAAAAGCGAGCAGGUUUCUCUCUCGCCUGAGAAACACGGUUCUUACCAGAGACUCAGGAGAAGAGGUAGCAGGUCAUCCACAAGCAGUGAACUCAGCACAUCUGUGAGUGUUUCAAGUGAUAGUAUCAACAGUCCCAAAAGCACUGACCGCACUGACUCAGACUGUGAGAAAAAGACAGACAUCAAAAAGAAAGCGUCUCCAGAGCAGAAAACCUAUGAAAGGUCCUCCCCACAGAAGUUAUGUAAAGAGUCCAGCACACUAGCACUGGCAUUCACUAAAUCUCUCAAGAAGUAUAAUAUUGACAACGCCAUUCUUUCUGAUAAAGACAGUGCAGAGGAUCCAAAGAAGUAUCAUUCAAAUCCAGAAGUUGCUGAUCCAGUGUCAUCCUCACAAAAAACAAAAGACACAAUCAACAACUUUGAAAAAAGCAGAAGCUCUCAUACAAAAUCAAGAGAGAAGCUGCUGUCUCACAAAAAAGAAACUGGCACAACAGUCACUUCAGACAGAAAGACCCUACAGAGAACAGACAAUCUGUGCCCCAAAGAAGAACCAAUACAGUGUAGCAGUACAGAUAACAAGCCACUACAGUUUGAUUCACACUCUCCCAUCAUCAACAAAGAAACGGAUUUCACUAUUGACAGAGACACAAAGGGCAAAAGAAGAGAGGGGCCCCAAGCCACACAGCCAGAGCUAUCAGACAGUACCACAUUUGAAAAACAGAGUGACAGUGUCUGCACAGUGAAAGAGGCUAUGACUUUAGUUAAUGACCUAGACACACACAAGCCUGCAUCUCUUUGCACCUCUUUGAUGGAUGAGGUAUGCCUAUCUCCAACUGAAAGUAAAGGCCCAUUGAUACAAAAAGAUACGCUCCACCUCAUGCCCUACCCCCUGGAUCAGGAACAGGGGCUCAUGAAAUCCCCACUUUCGUUUGACACCUCGUCAAUGUUCGGGGACCUCACAGGAUUCGACAGUGGUCUUUACUCAGAUAUGCCGAUUCAGAAAGAGGGUUUCCAUGAGAACACAGCUGAUAAAAAGGAAGAGUUUGUGUCAUCCUUCUCUCCCUUUCUGGAACAAAGAGACUGGAACCUUAUAGUUAGCCCUGUGCUACCAGAUGAGAUAUCUCAGUACAAAGGCAACUCUGAGAAAUCAAAUGAAAAGAAACCAGAUUACAAUCACGUUCCUUUGUCUCUGCCAGAAAAAAUAAUAGACUACAGUACAAAUCUCAACAGCUGUGCAUCAGAGGAUGAGCUAGAGAUAAAAAGAAUAGUGAAUGAGCUUGAAAACCAGCUGCAGACAACUAAGAUGGAAAACCCGCCUUUACUAUCUCAGGAUGUCCCCAAGCAGCUGCAAAUGAGCAAAUUUUCACCUUUACGUUUGGGUGAUGUGUCACAGAGUGGAGGCACUGGUCUGGAUAUGAGGUGCCCUGUCCAAACCAUAAGUGUACCAGUGACCAGUUUGCCCUCAGAGCCUUUCACUGAACCAUGGGCCACUCCAUUCCAGUUUGAGCUAGUGGGUGGCCACCACAGUCCCAACACUCCAAUUCACAAUGAACCAGGGACACUUGAACAUUUUACUAAAAAAGAUGAUGCACCAAAUUUGAUCACCACAGCCUCACAUAUUGAACACCCACAGCUCCACCAUGACCAGAAAUCAGAGGAGAGAAACGCUGAAAGAGAGACUCCUGGAGAAACAAAGGAAGAUAUUUUAGAACAGAAGAUAUAUACAGAAAACCUCAUGAAAAGCCUGGAGGUGAUUUCAGACUCUAUAUUCAAAAAAGAACCCAUUAUAUCAGAACACAGGGAACCGAAUGUCACCUCUCUCACGAGUCAACAACAUCGAGAAAUUGAAUGUCAGGCAACUGAUGCAGUUGACAGAGAAGAUCACAGUGAAAAGGAAGCAAUUACUGAGAAGGAGAAUAUAUUAUCACCUCCAAAUAUCAAUGUGCAGAAGGAUGACAUUGAAUUCAUUCUGAAUGAUUCACAGUCAUCUCUCUCUAACAGCACUGACCCCACAGUCAAUGGAAACCAGCCAAUUUCAUCGCAGCCAAGUGAGCCCACAGAAAACAGUGACAGCAAGGCUGAGACUAAAGUCACAUCAGAGGAGGAUAUCACUGAGAAUAGUAAUUUGAUAGAGUCUGCUCACUGCUCAAGUGUGGUGACACAUGACUCACAUGUGGUUGAGAAGUCCGGCGGGAACAGUACUGCAGCAGACAAUGUGAAUCAGUUAUUUAAAAGCAGUAUUGACGAUCCAGAACAUUCAACCACAGAUGGCUAUGAGAAAGCAGAGGCAGUGAAGGGAAUCACUGGUCAGUCUGUUAGCCAUCCUUUAUCACCAGCUCUACCUGGCACCAAUCUAGACAUUGGCGAGAAAAUUCAGGAUGUGAUUAAAACAGCACUUGAAGAACAAUCCACUGAUAUCCAUGAUAAUCCUGAAGACAUUAGUUCAUCACAUGCUAGUGAAUUGAAAUUGCAGUGCUCAGACAGCGUAAUCGAAGAAAUAACUGUGGAAACAGCAGAACAGGAUCAUUUGAUUGGACUAUCUCCCUCUAAAAACUGCAGCCAUGCUAAGACUUACAGUGCAAGUCCAACAACUGAUAUGUUAGUGGAGAUGGUCACCAGAGAUAAGCCCUGCAGUCCAAUACUGGUGGAAACCAAAACAGAGAGUACUAGUCACUUCUCACCCUUCCAAGACACCCAGUCCAUAGAGGGACAAAGAAAUCAGUUGAUUCUUUCACAGUCUGAUGGCAUCAUUGACAGUGAUUCCUGUGAAGUUAUUCCAUCGAAUGACUCUUUAAAACCUGAAACAGGUCUUGCCUUUGAGGCCAUUCAGAAACAAGAGGAGAUUUUAAAUGUUCAGGACAUCAAAGAACAACUUCCUAUUGAUUUCAUGGCAAGUCACCAAAACUCACCGUGCAGAGAAGAGAUGGGAGAAAGUCACUGUCUUUUUCUACACACUGCCCCAACAACCCGUCCUCUUUUAUCAACCUCUCAUCCAACACCCAUGCAGAAAUGGGACAUAGAAGAGGAUUCAUGUCAGUCGCAAAGCAAAUGUAAUAAUAUGUCUGUUAACCAAGGAUCAAUUGAAAAUAUGAAAUCCCCCAUAAACAAAGAAGAAGACAGCAAUGUCAAAGAGGCUUUAAACAGAACAGAUGAACAACUCAACACAACAGCUGAGAUGGAGUAUUCUUUGAUAAGCCCACCCCCCCUGGACUUGGGAAUCUUGGAGUGUAAAAUCCCCAGCUCUGAAACCACCAUUCCCUGUCCACAUCCAGUGACCAACUCAGAACCACCAGAAGUAUUAGAUGGCCUUGAAAGGAGAGAUCCAAUAUAUGAUUUCAAACUCAGCCCUCUCAACUACAACAGCAGCUCAGACGAACCUCCACAACUGAAUCAAUAUGACUACAUACCAAUUUCACCAGCCAGUAAACCUGAAGAGAUUCCAGACAUCAAGCAGAGUCCCAGAGAUGACUGUGGACCAUGUGACCUGAGUGUUAACCCUGCACUGAUUUUUAACCAAACUGAAACAGACACAGAGGUAUCACUAAACUCUGCAGCUAAACUGAAUUUAUCAGAUGAACCACUGCACCACCAGCAGAGUAUGAAAUUCACAUGUUUUUCAUUGGGUCUCCCACCUGAAAUCAAAAGCAAAGAUUCCUCAGCCGGUAAUAUAAAGACAGACUUGGAGAUUUGCAAUGAUCCAGUUGGACCUGUUGAGCAUUUGCAUAUUCAUGCUGACCUGCUGAGAAAGGUUGAAUCAGAGAAUUUAGAUUCUCACAAGGCUUCUGCUGAGGACAGUACACUUAUCAGUAAAGACAUUUCAGAUGGUCCACCCACUCCUAAGCCACUCAUCAUCUGUGAAAAUGAAAAAAUGCCUCUUCUACCAGACCCAUCAGAGAAGCAGCCAACAAUAGAGAUUGGCCAGUGUUCAGCAACACACCAAGUACACAGAGAAACAACACAAAGAAAGACACAGAACAACAACGCUCAACAGCGGAAAGUGCUCUGUGAAAUCUGCUUCAUGUGUUUCAGGACUGUGCCAGGGUUAAAGAGACACAAGGCCAUGAAACAUUUGGUCAGAACUGAAAAACACAUUGGUCCACAGAGCAUAAAAUCAAGCCAUCAGGGGACUAUGCUUAUUUAUGAAGCAUCACAAACUACAGAGAAAGUACAUAAAGAUGAUUCACAGACCUGUUACCCAAGUAGCACUCCCAUAGCUAAAGCAGCAGAGACUGAGUCUGUCCUAGAGGAAAUGGCAACUGAGACAAGUGCAGUGGCAGUGGAUGAAAUAGGCCAUCAAAACCCUCUGCUGCCAACAAAAGCAAAGAAGAACAACAAAGCUAGAAAGAACAAAAACAGUGAGGUAAACAUAAACCCCAACCCUUUCUCUGAUGAGCUUCUGAACAUAUUAAAAACAGACAUACUGCAAGCUAUAACUCCUGAAUUCAAAAGCAGUGGACUACAAGAGCGUCGCAAAUCUCCCGUGGGCCAGGUGAAAAUCAAUGACAGAACUGGAACUGGAACAGAGAAAUUCCCUCACCCUGUUACUUCAAACUCUGGCUUUGACAAUACACCCCGAUCUCCAACAAAAGAGAUAAAUGUACUUAAUGAAACUGUGGCACUAAAUCAAAUCACUGAUACAGAAGAAAUUAAAUGUACAAGCAUGACAGAGAUGGCAAAUGGGGAAGUGUGUACAGAUAAUAAUGUGGAAAGUGCUAUAUCUGUAGACAAGGAUUUAAUCAGAGAAUCUGAUGAGUCCAGAAAGACUCUGUCCACUGUGGAAGAAAUGUGUGAACAGAAAGGAUCAGAAGAGAGCCUUGCCCAAGAGAUUCUUAGAAAAGUGGCAGCUGAGAUAAAAUGUGAGAAAAACAGCAGUCCUUCAGACAAGGUACAUCCUCUCUCCUGUUUGAAUUCUUCCCCUUUCAGUCCUCCCGGCAUGAGUCCCAAUCUGAAGGCAUUACUUGAUGACGACACCACAUUCUCACAGCUGUUCCCCAGAGAUGAGGAGGCAAAAAGGAAAAAGUGCCCAAGGGUGUACAGCAAAAGAAACAAAAGACAGAAGCUAUCGCCCGAUUCAAAUAUGAGUCAGGACUACCCUAAUUCAGAAACCUCCUUGCAAAAUAAAGAUCAGUACACAGAAAACCAAGCAGAACAGACAUUCACUGACAAUCAAACUAACUGCUGUAAAUAUGAGACAAUAUCUGUUGAUGAUGCCAUCAUGUUGAAUAUGUGCCACAACAGCACAUUAAAUACUGAUGCCAAGCCAUUGUCAGAUGUUAAACAAAGUGAUCAGCAGGAUGUUCAUGAGAAUAUUAAAGAACUUGGCAAUAGCUUCUUGAAUCCACUCGAGAGCACUAUUGAUAAAUCUUCAAUUGAAUGGAGUGGUUCCAGUGACUUCAGUGGCUUUGAUGCAGGCUCAACGGUGACCUCUGACCCCAGCACCUGUAAAGCAGAAGUGCCAACCGCACCCUGCCCUCUGCCUAUGCCCUCUUCCCCGUACACUGUAGAGCCAUGUGCCACAGAGAGUGUCCAAACCUUCCACAGCAUUGACAUCCAAAACAUCAACACCACUUUUCAACUUCCUGAGAUUCAGUUCUUUGACUCUAAUAAAGAUAUCUCAGUGGCUCCUCCUAUUGCAACUGUUAAAGUAGAGAACAGAGAUGAUGAAAAGUCUAAGAAAGUAACGGAGCGGCGAGGCAGGAAACGGCAAGAUGGUGGAAUAAAGGUCAAAGAUAAGCAGUACAAGUGCAAAGUGUGUUUCACUUGGUUCCUCACCCUAGGCGAGCUGAACUUCCACAAACUCUCCCACAACCCCUCUCCACCUCCAACUUGCUACAUGUGUGUCCAGCGUAAGUUCAGCUCCAGGGAGCAACUGAGAGACCAUCUGAGGGAGAAACAUGCCAAGAACAAGACAGGUAUCUGGACCUGUGGAAUGUGCUUGAAGGAGAUAUCAGAUGUGUGGAUGUACAAUGAACAUUUACGAGAGCAUGCCACUCAGUUUGCCCGGAGAGGUCAGACUCAAGGCUCCAUGUUAGGUAUUCCAGGCUGCUUCAUGCAGGAGACAGCUGUGAAGAACUUUAUAACCUCAAUCAUGCAGCACCGACCCAGCAAAGCCAACAGAGAGUCUAGCAAAGCCACUAAAGAACAGGAAAAAGUUGUUGCUGCAGACAGUAUUAUGGAAGAGGGGAAAACCGAAGGGGCUGAGCCAAAAGUUCACAAAACUAAAAGCAGCAGUGGAACAGGUGGGAAGCAGAGCACAUUAACCCCACUUGAGGUCCUCCACAAAACAGAGACACCUAAAAGUGUAGAGAUGCAUCCCAACUGCAAAGACCCCUCAAGAGACUGCCACCACUGUGGGAAACAAUUCCCCAAACCAUUCAAACUCCAAAGACAUUUAGUGGUUCACAAUUUGGAAAAGAUUUUCCUGUGUCACAAAUGCCCUGUCUCUUAUCAGGAGGCCCAAGAACUUAAAGGCCAUCUGAAGAGAGCGCAUGAGGAGGUGGAUGAGCUGGAUUCGAAACACACCACCCUCUACACCUGUGAACUCUGUGCUGAUGUCAUGCAUGUGAUUAAAAAAUCCUUCAUCUGCAGCACCUGUAACUAUACCUUCUCUAAGAAGGAACAGUUUGAUCGUCACAUGGAAAAGCACCUGUCAGGGGGGAACAAAAUUUUCAAAUUCCGAGGUGUUCUCAGACCAGUCAAAGCAUCUGCGUCCAAAGAAGAUGAAUGUAAUUCGCCUGCAAGUAAGAAGAGGAGAAUUCUCUCUGACAGUCUGCAAGAUAAUAGCUCAGACAGCGGCAUCGCCAGUGUAAGCUCACUGCACUUAAAUCAAAAUUCUGAAACACAGUCUUCAAAACCCUCCAUGUCCACAGCAGAAGACUCCACACAGACCAUCGCAAAUGAAUACCACAGUGACACAAACAAUACAAAUGUGAAGACUGAGGACAUUGCUGAGGACUACUCUCAACUACUUGUAGAGCUGGAGAAAUGUAUUCAUAUGGGCUCUUCAGAGUCUGCUUCACCCAAGAAAGAGGAAAUUGACCCAACCCCCUCACCUGUUCUUGAUAAAGAGGGCAAUGGAAAAUCAAUUACUGAACCAUGUGACGUGAAAGAGGAGAAUGAGUCAGUCUGCAUUAGAGCAGAGACAACCUCAUGGUCAACAUUUAAAGAGCGUAGUAGUGCGGGGGAGGAGAUUUUUAAAGCUAAGGAAGACUUUGCUGAGAGUGACACAGCUGAGACCAAAGAAAAAACAGAUUCACUUCCACCUAAUGAGGAUUCUUUCAUCAGCUUAAGAGAAAAUCAAAUUAUUUCAAAGACACCUGAGUUAGCAAAGCAUGAAUUAGCUGUUGAUGUGAUGGACCAACAGAGGGAUGAUGAGCAGUGGCAUCACACGUCGAAAGCUUCCAAUAAUGACAGCAAACAGCCAACUUUAUCUCAUGGUGCUGAGCAGGAAGGUAGCAGUCAGAUGAAAGACAAAGGUGCCCCAGCCAAAACAACUGACAACACUAAAAACAGCACUACAACUAGCAGCACGAAGACUACAGAGUCCGCACCAGUCCUCCACUCCAAGGUUUCCCUCAAUGCUUCAGCCUCAAAUGAGGACAAAGAAUCUGUUAGACCACAGAAGAAAAGGAAAGACAUGAAAUCCCCCCACACCCUGCAAAGGGUUUCCUCGCCAGCCACACAAGAGAACUUCGGUGUUGACUGUAGGGCCAAAAAGAAAUUUCGCCCCAGCAAGUGUGCAAUUUCUUCUCUGCAAAGAAAGUCAGAUGGACCCAAUGACUACCCUGUGCUGUCCUCAGUACGGGACGACGUUGUUAGCAACAAAAUCAUUUCCAAGUGCAAGACUUCAAACUUGGGUUUGCAGUCAAAAAGAAGCUUGCUUGAUAGCUGUAUACAAAAGAAAGCUGAAAUUGUGAUGCCUCUUAAUGGGGAUUAUAAAGCCAAAAAGGGACCUCUGGGACGGCCUUUGCAUCCCCCUAUUUCUAAAGUGUCUUCAGUUCCCAUAAACAAUUCUUUGAAUAAAUCUAGGCCAAAGAUGGGGGUAAGGUCAAUGGAGAGCCAUUCCUACCGGACAGCAGAGUCCCAGAACCACCUCCUAAGCCAGCUGUUUGGCCAAAAACUCACUAGCUUUAAGAUUCCUUUAAGGAAGGACACAUCAGAAUCUAUUAACUGAGCGAGGUGUGAGGGAUCUGUGAAUAAGAGACUGUAAAUUUCACAGUUAUAAAUGUUUAAGACAAUUCAGUAUGGUGAAUGAGAUUGCACAGCUCUUUUCUGUGAAAUGCUAUCUUUAAAUACUUACAUAGUCACUUUAUGUCUUCUUUGUACAUGUGUUUUUAUUACACAAAUGUGAGGAUGAAUGGCAGAUAUGAAUUUUGGGUCAAAAAUGAAUAUGCUAGUUGGAAAAAUCAUUGAACUUUUUUUUCUGCUUUUCCUUUGUUGGAUAUUAUCGAUUUCAGAGAUUGUAUUUCAUAUACCCAAAGGAAAGAAAAAAAGAAUACUUGAAAAUACAGUAAAAUAUUUUUUUCUUCAAAGAAAUGCAUGUUCAUUUUGCAUUCAUAACAUGAUCUUAUCAGUUUAAGUCUUUCUGCAAAAGGACUAAAUGGCAUCAUAACUGACCUGGACUAUUGUCUGUGCACCUUUCGUAAAUGCUUCUAACAUAUUAAUUUUGUAUUAUUUUUUAACUUUACUGUACUGCAUUGACAUUCAUCAUAUUAGCCUUUGUAUAAACAUUACCUGGUGCUACAUUGUGUUGUAUUGUAAUGUGAAUGCCAAUGUCCUCGGAAGGGAACAUGAGAUCUGUAGCAGUUACAGUACAUUCAUCCAACUGUUUUUACUGGUUCUCUGUAGUUUAUUCAAGAUACUCUGUAAACCAUCCACGUACUUCAUAUGUAGGCUGAUAGAACAUUAGGAAAGCUUCCAUUGUAUAAACUCAGGUGCAUACAAGGACAUCACAGUCCCAAGACCUGUAUUCGGAGUUCUUCCCAUGCACUGAUACCACACACAAAUCACAAACUCAAUCAUUUGUGUCUGUAACUCCAACUGUUUAAUUAUGAAUAGUAUUUACUAGGACAACAAAGGUGCUUUAUCUUGUUUAUACUGUAUGUAUCUUAUAUUGUAUAAUAUUGUAGGUAGAUUGUUUUUUGGUGUAAUGCUUCAUGUCAAAGUUUAUUUUAAUAAUGUGCAAAAGAAUCGAAUGAGAAGAAAGGGAAAUGCAGUGCCUCUUGCAAGUUGUAAAGUGGUUCACUAAGUGCCUCUUUUAUAGUUGGUUAUUAAAGAUCUGUAUUGGUCUCUC